CAGACGUUCUCGCCGUAAACAAGGAAUUUCCCUCUCUGCUGCUGUCGAGGGCUGGCUGGCUGGCGGUUCAACUACACAGCUUUCAAAUCAAGUAUUUCCCGUGGCGAAUAGACAAACAAAUAAAAAUACCGAAUUCCGCAACAGAUACGGUGUGUUACUUCCGGUGCCAGUCACAGCAACAGCAGUAGCAAAGUUUCCCUGUCACGCUGACACGUUAUAGUGACUUUGCAGUUAUUGACCGAGAAGAGAGAGGAGGUAGAGAGAGAGAGAAAGAAACCGAAAGUCAGCUAGCAACAGUGUAUCCAGCCCAUCGGUCUAUCGUCGUCUCUGCUGGUGUGUCCUACAAAGUUCCUCCGAGCUGUUCCCCGCUGAGCCUCGGCUCGCCCACCACCAUGACCUACGACGACGAUCACGUGACCUCCCCCCUGUGCGAAUUGGCGCUGGGGACCAUCGUGGAAGCCAAAGAAGGCUCCAACAGCAGCGUCAGCGGAGAGAGCGAGACCGAGUCUUGCACUUCCGAGCCGCCGGAACCGCCCCUGCCCACGACUACGACUUCUCUCUUGAAGAAGGAUAUUGCUGUGAAGGUUACGGAAAGCGGAGAGACACCCAGGGUGCAUCCAGACAUUGACGGGGGAUGGGCGUGGGUCGUUUUCGUGGCUAUGUUUUGCAUCUUCUCCAUUACAGCAGGUCUGCUAUAUGCCACUGGAUUGUACUACGUUAAAAUGCUCGACGAAUACGAACAACCCCGUUCCUACACUGCAUGGCUUGGGUCCUUGGUCAACGCCUUCUUCAUGCUUGGAGGUCCCGUGAGCUCAGCUUUCAUCCAACGUUUCGGCUGUCGGGCAUCUCUCAUGUUCGGCUCCGUGGUGACAUCAAUAGGCUACAUCUGCUCCGCGUUCACCAACUCCCUGGAGCUGCUCUUCGUCACCUAUGGCGUCGUAGUAGCCUGUGGAAUGAACUUCUGCUACUCUGGCCAGAUAAUUGCGCUGGCCCAGUACUUUGACAAAAAGCAGUCGAUUGCAACAUCAGCUGCCAUGAUAGGGAUUGGCAUCGGCAUGUUCUUCUUGAGUUCAUUAACCGAAUAUACAGUUAUGGAAUACGGCUGGCGAGGAUCGUUCCUGUUCAACGCCGGCCUUAGUUUACAAAUCGCCAUUCUCGGUGCCCUUGUCUUCCCAAUCCGUCUAAGCCCAGAAGAGGUGCCCGAGACUCUUCAGCAGCAGGUGAAAGCUCAGCCAGGCUCUGUGAUGACUCUGAAUAAAGGUUUACCACCUUGCAGGAGCAGGGCGCUUCUAGAGAAGACUGGGAAUGAUAGAUCAUUCUCCAGUUUGAACAUGUCCAUGGGAGCUAGCUACCUUUCCCACUCUUUGCUGAGUCUCUCGGAUCCCAGAGCGCACCAGAGAGGUCACAAUGAACCUGACCUGAAAUCCAAUCAACACAGCUUUUGCUCCAGAAGUUCACAUUUCGGCAUCAGGUCAAAUGCCUUCAGCUUCAGCAUUCGGGGGUCCCACGCUGGUCUUUCUCAGUACGACUUGCAUCCUAAUCAGUACAGCUUCCACCAGAGAGACUCUUACCAACCAGAACUGGGCAUACGAUCAAACAACCAAAGCUUUUGCUCUCGUAAAGAGUCUCAGGCCGGAAUGAGUGGAUUGGCUUCCAACCCUGCCAGCUUCUGCAUCAAGGCUUCUCAAAUGGAACUGAGUCAGCACCAACCUCCCCACGACAUGGAAAUGGAGAAGCCAUUCGGACCCGAGCAUGGUCCAUCAGGUGUUCCAAGAGCCGUCUUCCUUAUUCGUGAAGAAGACUGUGACCUGAGUUGCUGUACUGAUGAUCACGAGGAAGCUGGGACGAGCACCGCCCAUCAUGAGCCUCAUGAGCAAAAGUCUAAAUGCACCAGACUUAUUGAGAAAGUGAAACUUCGCGCCAAGUUAAUGGUGGCCAACUUUAGCAAGAAUUCUGCCGAUCAUCCUCUCUUGGAUCCCCGUUUUUGGCUCAUGGACUUUUCCGUUUGCCUGUGCAUGUUGGGAACGCUCACCAUCCACAUCAUAUAUAAAGACUUCACAAAUUAUCUGGGAGUUGGGGAGUAUUACACCGUGGCGUUAUCAGGCAUCGGCGUUGGUGACGCUGUUGGGAGAGUUGGUACCGGAUUCCUAAUGUCCAUAAAGUUCAUCGAUCCAAUCUUCACUUACGGGUUAGCCCAGUUACUGUGCUGCUUCGUCCUGGCGGGUCACUUGCUCAUCAGCAAUAUGUUUGGACUUCUUGCCCUGUCUGCUUCGUUUGGACUGCUCUAUGGCUCACAGAACAUUCUGAUAGCCAUGGCGCCGUCUGAGGUCUUCGGGAGAGACAAGCUAGUCAUAGUCUUUGGCCACAUUCUAUUUCUCGGAGGUAUUGGAGCUCUAGUCGGUGCACCGAUAGCAGGAGCAAUCGUCGAUGCUACCGGAUUGUUCGAAUACGUAGUGUUGUUUUCUGUAACGAGUCUGUUUGGGGGCAGUGUGCUGAUGUUCAUCUGUUACCUCAUACAUCGCCACAAGCAACAACAAAAGAUCUUAGGUGACGAAGUAUAGAAGACGUCGAGCAACUAGUGUGGUGCUUCCAAAGUAUUUUAAUGAACUGAGAGGAUAAAAAGGUUAUUGAUGUGGGUGUCAUGAUUUUGCGAAACUCUACAGGCAAGAUCAUUUCCCGUCUAUAAGCCAUGAAAAUGUACCUUGACACACUCGACACUGAAUGCAGUGUCCAACGAGGAAUGGCAGGUACAACUCUCAAGACUACCUCAGGUUUCGUUAACUGACAAAAAUUGUACAGAAAACGUAUGAUUAGUUAUACAAUGCGGUUAUGACAGGGGAGCAUUCUGUGCUUUCUGGGUUACAAAAAUAACCUUACAUUGAUCUAUGGUGGUGAUGAAGAGAAAGCCAGUGGGCCAGUUUUAGAAAACUAAAAGGGAUCAGGUGAAAGUGACGAGGCUAACUUGAUCUUUUAUUUAACACUUCACAAAAGACGUACUACAGCAGUGUGUGUGGGUGUGCGUGUGUGAUAAGAUAACAUAUCAGUAAGUAAUAUCACCUUUACUGAAGGUGGUUUGCAAUGAAUCAUUUUGGAAGAAGGUGCCUCACACACAAACGCUAAAUUCACACACGUACACAUUCUACACAACAUUUACUGUUUACUUCUUCUUCUUCAGCCGAGAAUGCUUUGGAAUUAUAACCUACAGUGAAUGUUUGCAAUUCAGCAACCAUGACAAUGGUUUUAACUCACAUUUCCUCGUUUGGAAUAUUAAAAUUCCGCACAUAUUGUAUAGUAAUUACAGCACACAGAUAGUGUGAUCAGAUUCUAUUCUUCUGAACAGUUUUUCUAAAACAUUUAUUAGUGUCCAUUGGUCUUUCAUAUGCUAUAUCUAGCGCACCAUAGCAACCCUUGGAAAUAUUUCGUGUUCGUCAUGAGUGGCGUCUGAACUACGAUCUAUCCACCUUUGCACAACUAUGCAGUUGGCUACAUUUUUCGCUGAAGGGCUGACAGCGAUUACCCCAUGUAUGUGUGUGCGUGUGUGUGUACCGUUUGUUUGCUAUGCAAAUAAACGCAUUUUGUUCUGUAUCAAGAACACCCACCUUAAAUUUGUGAUCUUUUUUUUUUUAGCUUAACGUUUAUUUAUGCCGACUUGGUACUACACUUACGAGGAACGUUCUUGUUACUUCUCAUAGAAGAUGGCACAGCUGUGAUAAUUGUGCUUAAUUUUACUUUGUUCAGAUACCGAAUUCCUUGUGAGGGAUUCUUCCUCUUGUAGGUCUGUCGUACCAUAACUGAUAGCGUGCUUUUUUGUGAAAUUUCCCAUUUGCUUCAAACCAGAGCCUAUCAAGCUCAAGUUCCAGUGAUAAAUCCGUGUGGGUCUACUGCCCAGGUACCAUCAGUCACUUGAUUGGUUACAUAAAAAGCACUGCAAUUAGAGCGGCUUCAUAAUUCCGAGUUAGGAAAGUCGGACUCUCUUAUCCAGACUGGAAUCUUACCUAAAAUAGUGAUCCCCCAAUAAGGCUCGGGGGUCGUUAUCUAUUCUUGGAGGUCGUCAUCUAAGAUUGGAUUACUUGGGAGUCACUAUCUAGGAUAGAGCCUCUGAUUGUGAUAUUAUAAUAAUUUCUACUUCUUGGUGGAUUUCAGGAUAUUAUUACAGUCAUUAAGAACCUAUUUAAAACAAUUCUUCGCUUUUAAGCUUAGUUCUUAUUCAUCACACAUUCGAAGUGUGGUAACCUAUAUAUUUUUGUUAUUGCUAUUUUUCCAGAACUUUAGACACCACUGUCUCCGGUUGGUGAAUCUAUUAGUGAAAAUUAAUAGUGCUAGCAGUCUUUUUAUUAAUAUUUGAAUGAGGAUAGAUCUCUCCAUCAUUUAGCUUUUCUCCAAAAUGAGAGAGUAGUUUCCUAUUGACUACUGAACGCUCUCAAAACUGGAGCACAUGCCCGAUAUCGUGUCUACCUAUGAAUGCCAAUUUUAUCAAUUUUCCAUACUUUUUCUAUUGUGAUAAAACUUAAAUGUCUAAUGCACUUAUAUAAAUACGAGUUUUCCCAUUUUUAGAAUUUACUGUCUUUAUCGUAAGCAUUUUGCAAAAAUCGUUCAAAUCAUGCCAUUGUAUCGAUAUUUACUGAACGAAAUUAUGAAAAAAAAAAAAUGGUCCCUGAAAAGACUGAAAGAUCCCCUUGGUCUAUAAUAAACCAAGACCACUUGGCUACAUAUGAUUGUGAUUCUGAAUUCAUCCAGUUGUCUCUCAUAUGUGAUAUUUAUACCUUGCUCUGGCCACUGAUUGACUGUAUUCGGUUAUAUAGUGAUUCUUUACCGAAUAUGGAGUUUCGUUUCGGCCAGUGUAGUUGUAGUAGUAGUAAUAGUAGUGUAGUUCUAUCGUCAAAAUACGUAGCGUGAACUAUUUUUGAAACAAAAUAAUAUCGUACGUUACUCUUUAUCUUAACCUGUGCUGUACCUUAAAUAUUAUAAAAUACAUCUAAUUUUACAAGUUAUUUUUAAUAGAUGAUCAAUAAUGCUAAUAUUAGCAAAGGGAGGUCGCAAUUCAAAUGUGAACUCCUGUUCCCAAUGACAAUAAUGUUAGAAACUUUUUAUAUAUAUGUCGUGUAUUAAAAUGUAUGUUGAAUGUAUGGCUGUGAUGAACACUGUAAACGAUAACGAAAUGAAUUUGCUUUGGAUUCAUCACAGCCUGGUCAUCAUAAUUUGACCUCACAACUCAAUGUUUGGUGUCAAAGCCCCCAGUACUAUUUUUUUGGAAACGCGACCCAGUGUGACUUAUUGAAUUAAAGCUGAUGACUUCUUCUUCUUCGGUGUGAUUUUGUGAGACCAAAAACAAGUUCGGUUACUUCAUAAAUGAGAGAGAACUGUUUACGAAGCUUUCCUUGCGUAAUAUAACUGUGGCAUACAAAAUCAUUUCGCUAAAAAAUGAAUCAAUGGAAGUUAUAUUUCAUAGUACAACCGUUUUAAAAUUGAUCGUUUGAAUUACCACAUACUGGUAUACUAAUUAAGUUUGCGAAUCUGUUACAUUCUAAGAAUAUUUUUUACUUUUAUAAAAUACCCUAUUAUUAUAUAAUGCUCUUCUUGACUCUCGAAUUUCUUCCCGUAUACUCUGGAUUAGAAGAAAUGCCUUACAGUGCUGACUGUGAAUAGCGAAUCACAACAAAAUACUGUCAGUAUUGUAAUUGUAUGCAAAAUAGGAGCUGUACAGUUAGGUCCUUUUCUGUAAAUAGGAAAUAAACCUACAAUCACGA